AUUAGGUGAAGGAUAAACGAUAACAAUUAAUUAGGACCCAUGAUAAUUAAUAUCAAUCAUCAGAGGGAGCAAAUGAUUAGAAAAAGUUGGAUCAAUUCUGUCAGAAUACUUUUUAAUUGUUAUAUAAGAGAAUCUCUAGUCUACUCAUUGAGCUUAAUUGCUGUUUGGACUUUAAUUGUAAUUGAGUUUGGUACAAAGUUUAACUGGAAUAGUUCAUCAUUUGUGGUUAAUUGUGAACAAUCAAGAAUAAGUAAUGAUCAGACUUGGAUGUGAAUACGAUUUCCUUUUCCAAAAAUAUCAAAGAGACGCUACUGGUUGGAAGGUCCUUCGAAAUGGUUACGUUCAUGAUUCAGACAAAAUAGAGAAAGCGGUCAAAUUGGUCGGUAAAGAUGGACUUUUACACUAUGAUCAAAGUAGAGUUCGUGUGGCUCUGUUUGGUUUAGGUCGAAUUGGAACAGUUUGGAUUGAUCGUGUCUUGAAAAAUCCACGACUUCAAUUGGUCUAUUGCGUUGAAUCUUGUGUCGAACGUGCAAAUUAUUUCGAGUACCUGUACAACCUUAAAGACGUAAAGAUGAUUCACCCUAAUUGUGCCGACGAAGUUUUUAGUGACCCCGAUGUGGAUGCUGUAAUCAUCAGCACUCCAACGGGACUUCAUGAGUCCCUAACUCUUAAAUCUUUGAGUUCUGGAAAAGCGGUCAUGUGUGGGCCAUUAGCCGAGCGCAUCGAAGCCAUUGAAAAAGUGUUCAGAUUAGCAAUACAACGAAAUCUUCCUGUGUUAACUGUUAUGAAUCGACGGUUCGAUCCCGCGUUUCGUAUCGUUCGACAUCGUGUCAAAAAGGGAGAGAUCGGUACAAUUCAUGGGGUUAAAAUGUGUUCCCGAGAUUCACUUCGUCAUUCAGCUUAUAAAGGAUCGACUAAUAUUUUCCUGGACUUAGCGAUACAUGACAUUGAUCUGAUCUGUUGGAUUGUUGGUGAAUAUCCGAAUGUUGUUAUCGCCACGGGGACAGCUUUUGAUCCUGAAAUUCGAGAUUCAGGCGAUUACGAUACUAUUGUUGUGGUUCUUAAAUUUACCUCUGGUGUUUUAGGAACCAUCGAUAUGUCUCGAUCUUCUGUUUAUGGUUAUGACCAACGACUCGAGGUUUUCGGUUCUAAAGGUCUGUUAACUGGACCUUCAACUCGACCAACUUAUGUUACUCUAGAUUCUGAAUCGGGAUCAACUACAGUUCCUUAUCAUCAUUGUCAUAUUUCCCGAUUUACUGAAUCUUAUACUAAUCAAUUAGAACAUUUUGUCGACUGUAUCAAAGGUUUGAGCGCAAUUGAAGUAAAACCAAUGGAGGUGAUGGCGGCCACUAAAGUAGCUCAAGCGUGUAAGGAAUCAGCUCGAAUUGGAAAACCGAUUGAAUUGACCUGGAAGGAAAGUUGGGCAGAAAUUAACGCCAACGAAGAAUAAUCUUAUUAACAAUUAACCUCAACUGUUAGAAAUGUUUCCCCUUUAAAUUGUUAGUAAUCUGAUAAAUUUAAAUCGCGAAUCGAGAAUUAAAUUAUCAAUAUGAUCUUAA